AUGGUGGCUUCAAGAGCAGAUAAAAUAGCUAUUUUGAUCCUCUUCUGCUCAGUGAUUGUGAUGAGUGUGGAAAUUGAAGGUGCAAGAGAUAUUCCCGAAACAACUAGAGUUACUACUAGUCAUGGAACUCCUUUUAGAAUGCAUGGAUUCACUAUAUGCUGUAAUUCAUUUGUUCCUUACUGUUGUAAAAAUGGUGAUCAACGAAACACCAAGUCUCGUGGACUUGACAAGGAAAACCCUAUAUAUAGAGAGACAGUGAGCAUGCAUGAAAUCCAAAGAAAACGAAAGAACACAAAGCGUAUAAUUCCAAACAGAAAGAUGGUGGCUUUGAGAGCAGAUAGGUUGACAAUUUUGAUCCUCCUUUUCUUGGUGAUUAUGGUGAGUGUGGAAAUUGGCAAUGCAAGGAAUGUUCCUGAAACAACUAGUGUUAUUGGUGAUGGAACCGCUUUUGAAGGUCUUAAGAUUAAGAAAUGUUGUAAUGAAUAUAUUCAACUUUGUUGUAGUAGUGCAGAUUCUGCUGCUCAACAUGAUACCAAGUCUUCUCAUGAGCUUGAGAGUGCUACAAAAGGCUGA